AUGGGGUGUGAGAGGUCACUGUGUGAUGGGCUGACGGGUGAUGAUGACCAGGGUGGCCACCAGCUUGGCCAGGAGGAUGGUCAGGAGGACGGCCAGGAGGAUGGUCAGGAGAACGGUCAGGAGGAUGGUCAGGAGGAUGGUCGGGAGGACGGCCAGGAGGAUGGUCAGGAGAACGGUCAGGAGGAUGGUCAGGAGGAUGGUCGGCAGGACGGCGAGGAGGGUGGUCAGAAGGAUGGUCAGGAGGAUGGUCACGAGGAUAGUUGGGAGGAUGGUCAGGAGUAUGAUUACGAGGAUAGUCAGGAGGAUGGUCACGAGGAUGGUCACGAGGAUGGUUUGGAGGAUGGUCAGGAGUAUGAUUACGAGGAUAGUCAGGAGGAUGGUCAUGAGGAUUGUCAGAAGUAUGAUCAGGAGGUUGGUCAGGAGAAUUGUCAGGAGUAUGAUCAGAAGGAUGGUCAGGAGGAUAGUCAGGAGUAUGAUCAGAAAGAUGGUCAGGAGGAUGUUCAGGAGAAGGGUGAGGAAGAUAGUCAGGUGGAUGUUUGGGAGGAUGGUCAGACGGAUGGUCAGGAGGAUGGUCAGGCGGAUGGUUGA